AUGUUGCUUUCCUCCAAAAACAAACCGUUUUCCACGCUCCAAAUCGCCGGCGCUGGUCUGCUCCAUUUACAAAAGAAACCGAAAGCGACGGCUUUCCAAUGCGCGUCGGUGGCGUUUAGCUACAUGGCGUGCGCGGUCGCUUUACUCUGUUUCAAUAAAACCGCGUUAUCUUUGUACGAUUUUCCGUUUGCAAACGUCAUCACCUUAUCGCAACUGAUCGUAUCGACGAUGCUUUUGUAUGUGUUUAAAAGACUGAACUUGAUUGCGUUCGUGGACCAACAGGACGGCGAGGAAACGAUGUCAAACAACGGGAAAGUGCCGAAAGGCGGAUUAAACGUGAAAACGGGAUUCCCAACCGUGAAGUUAUUUCGAACGACGUUACCGUUAGCUCUCGCGUAUUUAACGUACAUGUUGUUGUCCAUGAUUUCGUUGAGAGGCGUAAACUUACCGAUGUAUACGACGUUGCGAAGAACUACCGGCGCGUUUACGAUGGCGACCGAGUUCCUGGCGUUUGGGAAAGCGCAAGAGAGAGACGUGAUUUUUGCGGUGAUGCUUAUGGUGUUAGGCGCAAUUAUAGCCGGAAUGAACGAUAUGGAGUUUAAUUUGUAUGGAUAUUUCAUGGUCGUUCUGAAUAACGUGGCAACGAGCGUGUAUUUGAUCAUGAUUGGACGCGUAUCCAAGAAGAGCGGAUUGAACGCGUUCGGGUUGAUGUGGACGAACGGAAUUUGGUGCGGCGCGCCGUUGUUCGCGCUAUCUUUGUUAAGAGGGGAAGUGUUCAGUACGAUUGUUUAUAUAAACGAAAAUAGUGGGUUCGUUAAAGUCUUGUUCGGUUCAUGCGUGCUGGCGUUCGCGCUGAACUACUCUAUAUUCUUAAACACGUCGAUGAACUCGGCGUUGACGCAAGCUAUUUGCGGCAACGUGAAAGAUCUAGCGGUGGUGUGGAUUGGGUACAUAUUCUUUGGUGGGGUGUUCCAAUGGGCGAACUUUAGCGGAAUGAUUGUGGGGGUGUUUGGAAGUGUGUAUUACGCGGCUAUAAAGUUGAAGAAGACGCGAGUGAAAGACCCGAAAGAGAGCGAAUAG